AUGAAUGAAAAAGAAGAGGUGAUAAAGAGACAGUUAAUGUCAAAGGUGAAGAUUGAUAACUUUGAUGCAGCACUAGGUGUCCUAAACCUAAAUGAAAACCACUGGAUCUUGAUAUUUGGAGAGGAAAUACUCUCUAAAUUCCCCAAUGUUCCCUGCAAUCUAACCAUAGACAAAAGCACCGAGGCAAUAAAUGACAUCAGGACACAGAUGGCAACUGCUAUUUUAGCCUCAUCAGUUCUGUGUGCUCGGAAGAAUGUUCAGACUGAAAAUCCGGCAAGCUCAUCAGCAGAACCUCAGCCUGGAGUACAUCAAACCACUGAAACUGAAGGUGCACCAACAUUACAGAUCGCACUUGACAGAGCAAAACAGACAAUUGAAAUUCAAAAGCAGAAGAUUGUUCACCUUCAAGAUAAGGUUGACUCGCUGACAGAAGACAAACAUUUUCUCAAAUCAAGGUUGGAGGAUGCACUAAUUCUGAGGCGUGAAGCAGUUAAUUCUCCAGGCCAGCCCCUGACUGCACCGUCAUCCACCAUUGUUGCAUCACAGGGGAAUGGGUCAAGCAGUGAAUCUUCUGAUUCAUCAGACUCUUCAGAUUCAUCCGAUUCUGAACCUAGAGGAAAGAAGAAGAAAAAGGAUAAAAAGCGUAAAAAUAAGAAGAAAUCCAAGAAAAUGAAGGUUGAUUUCAGGAGAGUUUCCCCAGUUAAAACUCCUGAAGACUCCAUCCGACGUUACCAUCAAGUGCUGCAGUUGGUUAAAAGUGGCUUCAGUAAAGCUGAAGCUUACAACAAAACACAUGUUGACAGGAAUACCAUUGUCGCUCAAGCCCCUAUUGCAGAGUUGGCAACUGCAAAUCCUGAGCAAUACAAAGCUUUAAGAGCAACCUUUAAAAAGGGAGAAAGCAUCCAAAAAUUUGCUGACCUCUGUCGUACAAGUUGCCUGGCUCAGCCCAACGUAGACAUGAUAAAAAAAUUAAAAGAGAGUUGUGGCCUUCUUGAUAUCUCCAAGAAGUAAGAUAUGUACUCGUUGGUGCAGUAUGCAAGUCAGG